AUGCUUGUUGCUACCAGCCUAAAAAAUGUCGAAAUCAUCGAUAAUAACUCAACAAACGCAAAAGGUUUGAGGUUUUAUGAUUCAACGAUCUGUUAUCUGUUAUCAUAUCUUAACUUCAUCGUAAAGCUUCUUCUCCCUCUCAAGCGCGUGCCUCACGUGCCACUAUUCUUAAAAUUUCAAUCGCCUUAUCCUAAAGAUAUAUUGCGUGUUUUGUUUAGACACUGGUUAAUUGGGGUAAUCAAAAGUGUAAAUUUCAAUCCCCAUAUCAUACAGGGUGGUUUUGAGAAGAUACCGAGAUCGUGA